AUGCUUCACCAAAACCCUCCCACCCUCCCUACCUCUGCCGACUCGGAAAUCCCCGAGAUUUCGCCCUCGUGUUGCCCAAACAUAUGGAACAAGCCUGAAAGAGGGGAGGAUUUCACCAUCUUGCAAGCCGUGUUCAGCAAAGAUAUGGCUCUUAUUUGCUUAGCUACAUUUUCUGGAUGUGGCUCCUCUCUAGCCGCUAUAGAUAAUCUAGGUCAAGUUGGGGAAUCACUUGGCUACUCACAACGAGCCAUAGGCAUCCUUGUUUCAUGGGUUUCCAUAUUCAAUUUCUUCGGCCGAGUUUUCUCUGGCUUCAUCUCAGAAACCCUCAUGACCAAAUACAAGUUACCUCGUCCUCUAACCUUUGCUUUUGCCUUUCUCAUCACUUGCGUUGGCCAGCUUUUCAUCGCCUACCCUUUCCCAGGCUCCCUCUACUUAGCUGCCAUAAUUAUUGGGUUUGGAUUUGGAGCUCAAAAUCCAAUGCUAUUUGCCGUAAUAUCUGAGAUGUUUGGUCUUAAACGUUACUCCACGCUCUUCAAUUGUGGGCAAUUGGCAGCCCCAUUUGGGUCUUACAUACUCAACGUGGAUGUUGUCGGGAAGCUGUACGAUAUGGAAGCUUUACGUGAACGUAAGCAGAUUGCGGGGAAGGGGUUAACUUGCACGGGAGCUCAUUGCUUUGGUGGGUCUUUCACAGUAUUGGCUGCAGCCACAUUGUUUGGAGCCGUGGUUAUGUUUGUGUUGGCUUACCAGACUCGAGAAUUCUACAAAAGGGAUGUGUAUAAGAACUUUAACGAGGAGAUAUGGAUUCCACAAACCGAAAUGGAGUUCUAUCGCUUGGAUAACAAGAAGAACAUUGAGGAUUAA